UCAAUUUAUUUUUAGUGUGACAAACAUUAUUUUUCCUUUUUUCCAAGAAAUUAAAAAUUUUGUUAAAUAAAAAAAAUAUUGUACACAUACUUUUAUUACAACAAUGGUAUUUUCAUUGCGUUCAAGCAAAUGGUUAGUAAGGCCCCUGUUAAGAUGGACGUCUAAAUUUCAUAAAACGACAACAGCCAUACGUUGUUAUGCCUCGAGCGAUCCAAGAGUAACAAAAGGCUUAGUCAUAGGAGUCUAUCAAAAAGAGGGUGACAAGGACCCUAAAUUAACCACCAGUGGUGAAAAAUUUGAUGAUCGUGUCCAGGGGAAAAUUUCGGAGCUUAUUAAAGAGUGCAAUAUUAAUGGCCAAUUGGGUCGGGGCAAGGUUUUCAAUAAUAUCGACCAAGAAUAUCGUUCGGUAGCGGUGAUAGGCGUGGGCCGUGAAGGCGCCGGUUUCAAUGAAUUGGAAAUGAUCGAUGAAGGCAUGGAAAAUGCUCGCAUUGCCGCCGGUGUUGGUGCGCGAAGCCUGCAAAUGCAAGGCUGCUCAGAGGUAUUUGUCGACUCCAUGGAAUAUCCCGAACAGGCAGCCGAAGGUAGUGCAUUGGCCGUAUGGCGUUACAAUGAUAAUAAGCAAAAGAAAAAUCGCACUCUGGUGCCGAAAUUAGAACUGUAUGACUCACCAGAUGUUGAUGCCUGGACGCGGGGCCUUUUUAAGGCAGAAUCACAGAAUUUGGCAAGACGCUUAAGUGAUGCACCCGCCAAUCAAAUGACACCGACAACAUUUGCCCAGGCCACCGUAGAUGCUCUUUGUCCUUGCGGUGUCACAGUCGAAAUACGUACCAUGGAAUGGAUAGAACAACAACAUUUAAAUUCAUUCCUGACAAUUGCCAAGGGUUCGUGUGAACCACCUGUAUUGCUGGAGAUUAGUUAUUGUGGCACGGCACCAGAGGAUAAACCAAUUUUACUGUUGGGUAAAGGAAUGACAUUUAAUAGUGGCGGAAUUUGUCUACGUCCCUGCAAGGGCAUGGAUGAAUAUCGUGGAUCCAUGGCUGGGGCAGCAGUGUGUGUGGCAGCAAUACGGGCGGCAGCUGCCCUCUCUUUGCCCAUAAAUAUUUCCGCUGUAAUACCUUUAUGUGAAAAUAUGCCCUCUGGAAUGGCCUGUAAGCCGGGAGAUGUAGUUACCCUAUUGAAUGGCCGAACAUUGGCCAUUAGAGAUACGGAUAAGGCUGGUGUUGUGGUAAUGGCAGAUCCUCUGCUGUAUGCCCAAACGACAUAUAAGCCACGUUUGGUAGUCGAUGUGGCCACAUUGGGAAGUGGUGUGGUGAGGGGUUUAGGCGGUAGUGCCACUGGUAUCUUUUCAAAUUCCCAUUACAUUUGGAAACAAUUUCAAAAGGCUGGCUCCUUGACCGGUGAUCGCAUGUGGCGUUUGCCCUUGUGGAAUUACUAUAAGAAAUUGGUGACCAAUAACAUCAGCUUUGAUAUCAGCAAUAAUGGUGAAGGCCCCGCCUCGAGUUGUUUGGCAGCUGCCAUUUUACAUGAAUUUGUACCCUGCGUUGACUGGGCCCACUUGGACAUACGUGGUGUGGGCAUGUUAACGCAUUAUGGAACCAUACCCUAUCUGCUGAGAGACCGCAUGACUGGGCGCCCAACCAGAACUCUUGUUCAAUUCCUAUAUCAAAUGGCCUGCCCUGAUGCCAAUAAAUAGCGUCGAUUGUGACAAGCUCGAAACUCUGAGUCUAUUGUGAAGGUUGUGCCGUGAUGUCAAAAUUUUGUGUAUUUUGUUUUUUUGUAUAUUUUUGUUUCAAUAUAUUUUGAGUUAUUGUUUUAA